AUGCAAGGUGAGAUGAAUGAUCUUAAAGCUUUAAUUUUGAAAGAUACUCCAUCAACAUAUUGCAUUCAUUGUUUUGCCCGUCAAUUACAAUUGACACUUGUAGCAGCUGCUAAAAAGCAUAAGGAGGUGGAAAAUUUCUUUGCUUUAAUUGCUAACAUGUUGAAUGGGGUUGGACCAUCUUUUAAACGUAGAGAUCAACUUCGGAAACACCAAGAAGAAUUGUUGGAGCAAUUGCUAGAAAGUUGUGAAAUUCAAAGUGGAAAAGGAUUAAAUCAAGAGUGGGAGCUUCAAAGGCUAGGUUCCAACCCUAGUGAUAGAUUGCAUGCAAAAGCUUAUUUGAUUGAAAUUAAUGGUUUUGAAUUUGCUUUCUUGCUUCACUUGAUGUUGAAAGUGUUGGUAAUGUCGAACAAGCUGAGCAAAACUUUACAAAGGAAAGAGCAAGAUAUUGUUAAUGCCAUGGUAUUUCUUGGCCUUAUAAGGGAAAGGCUUCAAAAAUUGAGAGAAGAAGGAUGGAAAGAAUUCAUGGAUGAAGUCUUUUCAUUUUGUGCUAAACAUGAUAUUUUGGUGCCCAAGAUGGAAGAAUUCUAUAUUCCUGGAAAAUCAAAGCAUAGACUUUCUAGCAUUACUUAUUCACAUCACUUACAUGUUGAGCUUUUCUAUGCGAUAAUUGAUUUACAACCUCAAGAGCUUAACAAUUGUUUUGAUGUUGUGAGUGACGACUUGCUUCUGGGUAUGGCUAGCUUGAAUCCGGCUAAUUCAUUUGCUAAUUUUGAUAAGGAAAGAAUAAUGACAUUGACCAAGCAUUAUCCAGAUGAGUUUGGUGGAUUAACGCUUUGA